AUGGAGCUGUCCCCGGAGCUGCCCUCGGAGCGGUUCCCGGCGGGCCGGGCCGCGGCCCUGGCCGAGGCGCUGCUGCGGUACCGGCGGGGCGGCCCCGCUCGGGCGCUGCGGCUGAGGGAGCUGCGGGGGGCGCGCUCCGAGGACAUCAAGAAUGUUGGGUACAAGUACUACCUGGAACUGGAGCUGGAAGAUGCCCUGGACAAAGACAGUACUGUUAACUGCACUGCUGAGGUGCUGUAUCAUCUGGACAACAAAAACAUUGCCCCAGAUGUGCAGUUCACCCUUGAAGGAGAACUAAAGAGCACAGAGGAAGCAGAUCACGUGUUCUACAACCGAAUCAGGAGCCUGGAAAAAGAGCUGGUGGCAAAGAACAUUCCAGACAGCCAUGGCCACGUGCCCCCAGAGCUGGAGCCCCUCCACCUGCUCGCCUGGGCCGCCUCGGGAUACCUGGUGUGGCAGAAUUCCACGGAAAACACCCAGAUCCAGCUGGCCCAAGUCAAACAUGUGAAGCAGGUGAGGAGAAGUGACAAAUACCUGCAGUUUGACUUCCAGGUUCUCCUUCAUGAAAUGGUGUCCCAGGAGAUCAUUCCCUGGGAGAUGACAGUGCUGUGGCACCCUCAGGAUGGUGUCCAAGUGACACAGGACAGCCGCCAGCCCAGACACACGUCGGGAUGAGGGACCCCCUGAUCCCCUCUGGAAGCAGCUCCGGAGCUCCAAGAGGCGUUGGGACAGAGGGCAGAGGAGGGAAGGGGUGGGGAGGCAA